UGAGUCACUGUAAAGAGAACAAAUAGUGUUGAUAAUUUCAUUGAUUGAUUAAACAACAAAUGUAAGAGUGAUGCUUCUAAAACCAGCCUUGACAUCAAAACAUGGCUGGUUUGUGUUCAUCUAAGCAAUGUUUUCCGAAUAACUGCACGUGAUUGGCCCUCGGGCCGAACAUGUGAUUGACAGGUGACGAGAUGCCAUCGAAGGUGUCGUGCUUUUACAUGCUGACUGUGGUCUGCUGGGCCAGCGCUCUGUGGUAUCUCAGCGGUUCCCGGCCUUCGACCACCUAUGUGGGUCAGAUGACUUUCACCGCGCGCAAAGUGCUCCCGAGGCGCUCGAAGAACGAGACGUUCAGCAACAUCCGCACGCGUUCCCUCAAUCCGCACGAUUUCAAUUUCCUUAUUAACGAGCCCAAAAAAUGCGAGGGCGCUGCACCCUUCCUCAUCCUCCUCGUCAGCACCAACCACAAAGAGUUUGACGCCCGCCAGGCGAUUCGGGAGACGUGGGGAGACGAGAACACGUUCGGCGACGUCCGCAUUUUGACUCUGUUCCUCCUCGGGUUCAGCACGGAGCCUGUCCUCAACCAGAUGGUGGAACAAGAGAGUCAGAUCUUUCAUGACAUCCUGGUGGAGGACUUUGUGGAUUCCUACCACAAUCUGACCCUAAAAACUCUCAUGGGAAUGCGCUGGGUGUCGUCAUUCUGCCCCAACGCUCAGUACAUCAUGAAAACCGACAGCGAUAUAUUCGUGAACAUGGACAAUUUGGUGUUUAAUCUUCUCAGACCCAACGGCAAGCCAAGGCGACGCUUUUUCACAGGCCGCGUGAUAAACGGCGGACCCAUACGUGAUGUCCGCAGCAAGUGGUUCAUGCCUAGAGAUCUCUACCCUGACAGCAGGUAUCCGCUCUUUUGUUCUGGCACCGGAUAUGUGUUCUCGGGAGAUGUGGCGGAGUUGAUCUACAAGACCUCGCUUCAUACGAGACUCCUUCAUCUUGAAGAUGUGUACGUGGGACUGUGCCUGCGUAAACUAGGCAUUCAGCCCUUCCAGAACAAUGGAUUUAAUCACUGGAAGAUGACUUACAGUCUAUGCCGCUACCGAAAGGUGUUGACUGUACAUCAGAUCUCACCAGAGGAGAUCCUCAGAAUAUGGAACGAUAUGGCCAACAAGAAACAUCUCAAAUGUUAACAAACAGAAAAUCAUUUAUUCCGAAAUGACGUGAAAAUCAUUUAAUUAACCGGACUGUAUCACUUUAACACAGGUGGGAAAAGCGCAACAUGAUCUCAUGGCAAUUUGUGAUAUAGUCACGAAACAUUUUAUUAAUUUAUUUGUGUUCAUGGUACGAAAUUCAGCUUUUUUCAUGCUUUGAGCACGAAUGUCUUUUUCGAAUUCACAAAUUUCUAUAAAUAGUUUUCGUGUCAUUUAAAGGUGCUCUAAGCGAAUUCACACGUUUUAGACCAUAAAACAUUUUUUGUUACAUACAGCAAACAUCUCCUCACUAUCUGCUUGCUGCCUGUCCGCUGAUCAAAGUGUAAAAAAAACGUGAUCUCUGUAGACAGCCUAGGCUCCAUAAACCGCAAUAAAAACACAGUGGCCAAACCUAGCACCACGAAACAAAACAAAGUGUUCCAGCCAAUAAACGACAAGAAGGAUUUGGGGGUGGGGGUUGGGCGCGUUCAUGAAAGCAUGGAAGGGAGGGGGAGGAGUUAGCUACGCUCCGUUUGUUUGAAAACAGUUCAAACAUCAACAAAAAGUGACAUAUCACAGAUUCACUAAGAGCGCCUUUAAUGUUUUGUCAUUUUUUCCCUUGUCGCUUGGGGUUGGGGUUAGAUUUGGGGUUUGGGUUAGGAUGUACUUUAAUGUAUUGGUUUCUACAUGUUUUUCUUCCGUUUUUAAAACUAUUCUCGCCUGGAGUUGGGUUAGAGUUUGGGUUAGGAUGUCUGAAAUGUAACAGAAAGUGAUUCUAACCCCAACCCCAAGCGACAAUGGUAAGAAAAUAGGAAAAAACUAUGAGAAAACAAUACAUAAAAUGACACGAAAAAGAAAGUCGUGCAACAGACACGAAAAACUAUUUACAGAAAAAACAUUUGUGCUCAAGGCACGAAAAAGAGCUGAAUUUUUUGCCAUGGACACGAAUAAAUGAAUCAAAUUUUUCGUGACUAUAACACGACUUUCCGUGAGAUCAGUCUGGAAAAGCAAUACAAUCAGUAUACUGAAACAGACUCGAAGCAUGUAUCUGAUAUCAAUCUGUAAAGGUGACCCUGCCUGUGAAAACAAUGUUUUUUACAUAAUCUUAUUCUACGUAGUGUGAAAAUAUAACCUUGAUUUCUUUAAUAUUAACUGAGUAAAGUCCUGUCAAAGAUUAAAAUCAAACUUUGAUGCUCCUAAUCUCAUCGUUAGAUUAUGAGACUUUAGUCUGGAUUUCACAGAGAGGGUCACAAAUAAAAGUAUAAGUAAUUGAUUAUAAAGGUUUGAAACAUGUUUUAGGCUUUAGAGGCUUCAUGAGCAUCAUUUAUCUACUAAGCUGCUAUAAAAUGUACAAUAUACUCUGUUUAUUACAACUUUCAAUGUAAUAUGAAAAGUAUUGGUACAAUAUUUACUAUCCCAAACUUCUGCCAUAACAUUUAUUCCUGUAUAUCUCUCAAAAACUAGAUUAACCCUCGAGAUUGCAUAUUUAUAUGUAGUUAAAGCUUCAGUAGAGCUCAGUUGUAGAUCUGUGAAUAGGAACGUUAUUCUGCUGUUAUGAUGAAACGAUGCGAAAAUUCAAAGCAAACAGAAGAAAUUAACGCAGAAACGCAUUCUUCUAAACAUUAGAAGCUAUGCAAUAUAGUCCGGUUAAAUUGCAAGAAUACUAAAUUAAAGGGAUAGUUCACCCAAAAAUCUUACUCACCCUCAUGUUGUUACAAACCUGUAUACAUUUCUUUGUUCUGCUGAACCCAAGGAAUUUUUUUUUUAAGAAAUAUUUGUAACCAAACUGUUUAUAGACCUUUUGCGAGUCGACGUCACAGUUACGUCACGCGCGCAAUGUGGUGGCAGAAAAACAGUGGAAAUGAUGAAAUAUUUAAUAAAUGAUAUUAUACAGAAUACAUGAUAGUUUUGCUCUUAUAAGUACUUCAGCGAUUCAUACUGUACAUAUACAUUACAUACAUGCAAACAUAUCAGUAGCCAAGCCAUUUAAACUUUUAAUUUAUUUAAAAAAUAAACGUAACUUGGUGAAAACGUUAUGAGAAACAUUACACUUAAGAGAAAUAUAGGGGAAACAGACUUCUACAGAACACUGGAUCCAUAAAAAUCCCAGUUUAACGCUAAAACACUUCACACUGCUAUUGCAGAGCUGUCACUUUCUGCCACCAGUUGGGCUCCGCCCACAAAAAACGUCAUCUCUGUUUGCAAACACACAAAAGGUCUAUAAGCACCAUUGACUUCCAUAGUAUUUGUUUUUCCUACUAUGGAGGUCAAUGGGGCAUCUGUUUUCUGCUUGCUUACAAAUAUCUUCCUUUGUGUUCGGCAGAACAGAGAAAUUGAUAUGGAUUUGCGGGUGAGUAAAUUGUGACAGAAGUUUCAUUUUUGGGUGAACUAUCCAUUUAAGCUUACAAAACCAAUUAUCCAAGUAUAAACUGGCUCAAAAUUGCAACCUUUACUUUUGUACUACUACUACUACGCUUUGUAUUUUUAGCCAAUCAUCCUGCGUGAUGUACUGCAUUAGUGUAUAACAGCCCAUCAGUUGUGUGAAGGAAUGAAACAGGACAGGUGCUGAAUACUGAAUACUGCAUUAUAAUAUACUGUAGUAUUGUAGUGAUACCUAAAUAAUUUACAGCAAAUGAUAAGGCAACAGUGGGACCAUGCAUUUUGUUUUGUAUUGAAAAACUCAUCCCCAGGCUUGUUUUACACUGCUGACUGUAUUAUUAAAAAACCUAAACAUUUUUUUUUUAAAUAAAAGUGUUAUUGUUAAGAUGCUUUUGCAU